AUGACGAAUCAUGAUUGGAAGAAGUCUUUCGAAUCCUUUGUCCGGAGACACAUCGAUCAAGAGAAAGAUGAGCAGCUGAAAGGCAAUAAAGAAGAAUUCGAAUAUAGUCUCAAAAGGAUCUUGGAGCUCAUCAACGAAGGUUCUGAAGAAAACGGUGGAGUUCCUAUAGAAGGUUCGAAAAGAAAGCCUAUUGUGGAUUUGAUCGAGAAGUUCCGAAAACAGUAUGAAUCGCUGUAUUCACAGUACGACCAUCUGAAGGGAGAACUGAGGAGAGACUUCCAAGGCAAGUGGGUAUCAGAUUCCUCUUCUUCAUUUAGCUCAGACUCGGAUUCUGAUGACGGUUCCAAGGACCAAACCAGCAAAAAUGGACGACUUAAAGGUGGCAAAUUAACAGACGGCACAAAGCAAGAACUUGAAACCGCCAAUCUUGAACUGGCCCAACUGAAGGAUAAGUGCACUGCUGCAACCGUAGAAAAAGACGUGUUGUUUCUUGAGCAUCAAACAGCGUUGAGCAAGUUGCAGGAAACUGAAGAGAUCGUCCGAAGCCUGAAGCUUGAAUUAGAAACUGUUAAUGCCGACAAGGAGAAGAUUCUCGCAGAGGAAGGGGAACUGAAGCAAAACCUCGACGAUGCAGGCAAGGCUGAAGCAGAGCUGACUCGAAGAUUACAGGGCAUAGCCAUUGAGAAAGAUGGCUUGAUCGUGGAGAAAGAGGCGCUUCUGGGGAGGAUUCAAGAAGAAGAGAAGAUCAAAGAAGAAUUGAAAAUGGCGAGUCAUAGGCUGGAGGAUGAUAAACUAGUUCUUUCCCAGGAACUUGAAAGUCUCAGGGCCGAAAUCUCCAGUGUACGUGAGCAACUGAAAUCUUCAGAGCUGUUGGCGUCCAAUUUGACCCAGGAUUCGAAGUGCGCAGAAGAGGAGAGGAAUUCUCUGGUGGCCGAGAUUUCUGUAUUAAACCAGAAGUUGGAAGAGGUGCAAACAGAGAAAGAUAGCCUAAUUUCAUGGAAGGAGACUGCAGUGCAGAGAAUCCUGGACGAAACGGAAACUGCUGGGAUUUUAAGAAAGUCGAUAUUCGAGUACCAAGGUGAGAAUUCCGCCCUUAACAGUGAAAUAGAAGACAUUAGAGAUGAACUUGCUGACACGAAGAAGCAAUUAGUAUCUGCCAAGCAAAAGGGUUCAGAUUUGGCCAAGAAACUCAGUGUCGCCGAGGAAGAGAAGGUUGCUCUAACCUCCCAUUUUUCUGAAACUGUGGCUCAAUAUGAAAAAAUUCAGACGAUCAUAGAUGAACUCACUGCCGAAUCAAGCCAACUACAGGAGAAAGUAGAAGAGAAGCAAAAAGAGCUAUCAUAUCUCACGGAGGAUAACGCGAGAGAUCGGAAUGAGUUUUCAAGGAGAAUUGCAGAGAUGGAAAAUGAGAAGGCGGUGCUACUGACUCAAGUUACUGAUCUGCAGAGGUUGCUGGAUGAACAGGCCGAGAUGUGCAAGCAACUCAACGAGCAACAUCAGCAAGUUGAAAAGAAGGCGGAGGAUCUGAACAAGCAAGUGCGUUCCAUGGAUGAAGCUGUAGCUGAACUGAGAGAGAAAAUCGAGAGCCAGGAGAGACAACUCGAAUUCAAAGAUGAAGAGCUGCGCAGUUUAUCUGUGAAGAACAAAGAGAUUGAAUUCCAGCUUACAAUGUCGAGCCAGAAGAGCCGGGUCACAGAGCAGGAGCUGAACGAGAGAGUAAUGAACAUGAAUCAAGAGAAGCAAAAGUUGAACGAACAAGUGAACAGCUUAGCUCUACAACUGCAACACUCGAGAGAAGAGGAAUCUGCACUGAAGAACAAGGUGUCGGAGUUGCUGGACAUGGCGAGCAAAGAGGAAGCUGAGAAGCUGAAUCUCACCAAAGCCAUCAGCCAACUGGAGAGUAAGGUGGCAGCCAUGGGAGCGAGCUUGAAGGAGAAAGAUGACUGGAUAUCAUACUUGGGAGACAAGAAACGAGAAGCCAUACGACAGCUCUGCAUCUCGAUUGAGUACUACCGCAGCACAUGUGACUAUCUCGCUGGCAUUCUCUCCAAGAUGCCAAUCAGACGCUAG